UUUACUUAUAUUGCCCGUGUUGGCUAUAAAAAGCACCAUUUGAGCAACAGAAAUCAUAGUCAAUCAUUAAAUCCCGAGCGAAAUGGAUUUCGAGACGAUUUGCGAAAAGUCCAAGGCCUUCAGCAGCAAGCCACCACCAGAGGUCUACCUGGAGUUCUACGGACUCUACAAGCAGGUCCACUCCGGCGACGUGAACAUCGAGAAGCCCGCCGAUGCCGAGGGCGCGGCCAAAUACGAGGCCUGGCUGAGCCGCAAGGGCAUGUCCACAGAGGACGCCAAGGCAGCCUACAUAGCGCUCUAUGAGAAGUACGCCCCCAUCUAUACAUAAGUUCGGUUAAUACUCUGUUAAGUGCACAUUGGCAUAAUAAAAGAAACUAAAGAAGA